ACUACGGUACUAUUCUUAAAUAACUCCAACCUUUUUUACAUUAAAAUCCUGUGCACUUACUGUAGGCGAUACGGUUACAUCGAAAAAUGGCGGGUAAUUUUGCCACUUGUUUUACGUGCUUGCAUUUUCAUUUUGAAACAACUGGGGGUUUGAGAUAGAGAUAGGAUUAUGAUUUAUUUUGUGACCUGUUUAUUUGUGAUAUCCCUUGACCACAUUGACCAGUCUCCUUCAAUGUAGGAUGUGGUAAAUGAUAAAUAUUUCAAUUGGGUUUUGAUUUUCAACCGGAUUUUCGUUUCAAUCGGAACUCCUCAGUGGUCUUUCAAAAUCUGGACCGAGAAUUUUUUAUUUUAGCCAAAGUCUGACCAUUUUUUGCGCUUUGAAAUACGAUCGAUAAAUAUCGAUCAAUUCUUGAUUCGUUUUUCAAAUAAUAAACCGAACUGACCAAGAAAAUUUUCGUAUGAAAGUCUCUCGGAAUUUUUCUCUCAAGGGAACCAGAAUCGUCAAUGGCUGGAAAAUACCUGAGGCUAAAGGUGGGGUUUGGUUUAUAGAACCGGUUUAUAGGUACCGCGCAUUCCGGUUUCUAGAUUUGUAGCUCCAAAGUAAAGAAUAAAAAACAAACUUUACAAAAAACCCUAAAAAAUGCACUGCUUCAAUUUCCCAGCAGCUACCAAGGCGAAAUGGUGGAUAUACAUUAGAACUACUUGGUAGUGUAGUUUCAUUGUUGUUGCUAUGCGGUCGGGAUUUCGGAUGAUGGCAUCCAAGCGCAUUAAUUCGGAAAAUCUGGAUCCAUCAGUAAACGUCUAAUGAAAGUGUUUAAAGAAGGAAUCAUUCGACAUGGACACCAGACAAGUGCUUGCUAGUUAUAUGGACAUACUUAUUAGGAUUCCUGCAUUAUUUCUGCUAGAUGAAGUCUUCCAGUCUAGAUUUGCUUACCUUGGAAUAUAUCCAUGUACAUUGCUGCCGUUGCACAAGGAAUCUGAUUUUGAUGAUGUGACGGGAGAGUCAUAUCAUACUUUGUUGUACGAAGCGCAUCAUUCUUUAGUUGACAUGUAUAAUUCUUCCAUGUUCCCAAAGUUGAAUCAAAAUGCUAUUAAUGUGAUAGAAUUUAACGUUUCAACGACGCUCUCCAAUUUCCUUGAUGUUGGCCUUGAAGGAUGUAAUGGAUCUUGCGGACUUCUCCUGCAGAUAAUUACCUUAUUCACAGCUUCGUGUGUUUCUAUGUUUGCUUUGACAUUAUGGACGCAACAUCUUAUCAAAUUAUAUUCGUUCUUGCUAUCUAUCUCAAUGGUGGUUCUGAGCCGAAAUCUCAAUCUAAAAGUUUUCAACCAUUUGUCAUCAGCUUCUUCCACCGCAUCUUUUGGAGCAAUUUUGAAUCUUGACGGAACUGCUUUCGAUGCAUUAACAGCCUUGACGGUGUUGACAGAUGUUGUUGGUAACCUUGCGCUCCAAAUAUUUUUGGCAAUCGCAUAUCUUUUUAUGAUACAGUAUCAGCCAAUCAAUAACAGUUGGCUGCAGGGAACAUUGGUGCUUUGUUUUUUAUUACCUAGUUUUACCACUUUGUUACCAAUGGACACUGUCAUACAAAGGUGCUAUUAUCUCCUCGUAGCCCAUUAUAUCAGUGUUGGCUUGAUGAAUUAUAAUUUAGUGUGCAAAGUGGUGAAUGGACAAGUUGCGCAUAUCAUUUGGGGGAUCAGAAAUGAUGGAAUUUUGGCUUUCUUCGAAUCAGAAUGGCUCCGUUUGAAUAUUCCGCUAAUAUUCCGCAGUUUUUGGUUAAUGCGUUGCGGAAUUCACAUAUACAUCUAUUUGGUCUCAUCCGAAUUUGCAUGGACUGAUGUCGAAAGUCUUAAUACAUUACUGAAAAUUGUCAUGGUUCGCGGAUGUGAAACUUGGCCGGCGCUUUUGGGCAUGGCUUCAGUUUUCUCAUGUAUUUGUGCCAAGGUCUAUUUAAAGGGCCAAGAGUUUAUGCAAAUACCUGGUGAGAGAUCGACUCAUAUCGGACCACUUGCAGCCACCUUAUUCGUAAUUUUUUCAUUUCAAUACGGAUUAAGCACAUUAAAACCAGCUUCCCGCAUUGUUCGCCUCAUGCGGAUUUUAGUACUCAUAACUACAUGUUUUUUACAUUUUACCUACACUUCAGUCGAUACAGUCUUGAUGUCUCUUGCCGCCAGUGCCAACCUGGAUUUUAAACGACACGCAAGAGCGCUAUUGGUUAGCGGAUCGUUAACCUUAUCGUUAUUAAGUGGUCUGUAUGUGUUGUGGACCACACAUUCGAUAAGUACCUGGUUAUUAGCCGUCAGCGGAUUUAGCGUUGAGGCCCUAUGCAAAAUCGCCAUAUCUUUGGCUCUCUACAUUGUCUUCUUAGUAGACGCAAGGCAUCAGGAAUUAUGGGACAAAUUGGAUGAUCACGUUUACCGCAUCAAGUUCGUUGGGCGUGUCAUCGAAUAUGUAAUUGGAUUAUUCAUGAUGAUCAAUUCGGGAAUCGCGCUGAUUUUGGAAAGUGGCGGUACUUGUCGAGCAAUCCUGUUCGGACUGCACGGUUACUUUAACCUUUCCUUUUUCUGGGAGGAAGCGCUAAGGGGAUGGGAGAUUUACCAGAAACGGAGAAUAGCUGUUUGCAAAAUUGCUACCCUCCAAUCAGUUGAAGAACACAUGGAAAUUGAUGAUGUUUGUGCUAUUUGUUUUAAUCACCUAAAAAACAAUCGAGGAAACAAAGUAUUAAUCAAAGUCACCCCGUGCAGGCAUUACUAUCACGCCAUUUGUCUCCGCAAAUGGCUGUACGUUCAAGAUCGUUGCCCUAUGUGUCAUCAAACUUUGUGGCCAGAAUUGAGUCCCUCGCACGACGACUCGGAUCCUUCAGAAAAUUCGAGUAUCGAUUGACAUUAGGAAAAUGUUUAGAUCAAAUUCGCGGUUUUUUUAUAGUUUAAUUUGUUUGAUUCUUUUGUCAAAGAGCGCAAUAAAACUAAUUCGACAA